AUGGAGCCGGUUACCGGGAGCCCGGCCGCAGUCCCGGGGACAGACUCCCUUUCCGAGCCGAACUCCUCGGCUGUGAGCGGCACCGAGCUCGGGGAGCCGCCCUUGCUGACCGAUGCCUGGCUGGUGCCGCUGCUCCUCGCCCUCAUCCUGCUGCUGGGGCUGGUGGGGAACGCACUGGUCAUCCAUGUGAUCACCAAACACCGGCAGAUGAGGACGGCCACCAACUUCUACAUCGCUAACCUGGCUGCCACAGACAUCAUGUUCUUGGUCUGCUGUGUUCCAUUUACCGCCACCCUGUACCCUCUGCCUGGCUGGAUCUUUGGUGACUUCAUGUGUAAGUUUGUUAACUACCUGCAACAGGUUACUGUACAGGCAACCUGUAUUACCUUGACUGCAAUGAGUGCAGACCGAUGUUAUGCUACAGUGUAUCCACUCAAGUCGUUGAGGCACCGUACUCCCAAGGUUGCCAUGGUGGUCAGCAUGUGCAUUUGGAUAUGUUCCUUUGUCCUGUCUUUCCCAAUUAUUAUAUACCAGAAGAUUGAAAAGGGAUACUGGUAUGGACCUAGAACAUACUGUGCAGAGGCCUUUCCAUCAGAUGCCCAUCAGAAAGGCUUCAUACUGUACCACUUUCUUGCUGUCUACCUUCUGCCUUUGCUCACAAUCUCCCUCUGUUAUUCUUUGAUGAUUAAGAGAGUGGGCAAACCUGUCAUUGAGCCUAUUGACAACAGCUAUCAGGUUCAGCUCCUGUCUGAAAGGACAAUUGCAAUGAAAAGCAAGAUUUCUAAAAUGGUGGUGGUGAUUGUGCUCCUCUUUACAGUCUGUUGGGGACCCAUCCAGCUCUUUAUCCUCUUCCAGGCAUUUUACCCAAAAUUCCAGGCCAACUACGAGACUUACAAGAUCAAGACGUGGGCUAACUGCAUGUCUUAUGCCAAUUCCUGCAUCAACCCCAUUGUUUAUGGGUUUAUGGGAGCCAGCUUUAGAAAGUCCUUCAAAAAGGCCUUUCCAUUUAUGUUUAGGCAUAAGGUCAGGGACAACAAUGUGACCUCUGGCAGUGGCAAUGCAGAAAUGAAGUUCAUCACUGCAGAAUCUUAA